UGGCAGCACUGAAACAAUUUGCAUUUCGCUCGCUCCUAUAUUAUUUGUUUACAAUUGUACAAACUUCAGAGGCACUGACACAGAGCGGAAGAAUUUUGUUAAACAACGCAAAUUACAAGGCACGGAAUUACAUAACACAAGGAAAUGGCGAGUAAGGUACUGAGAAAUGUGACGCACUGCAUCUUUGAUAUGGAUGGACUGCUGCUGGACACUGAACGCAUUUACGAGGAAAUAACUAGACAAAUAGCCGCCAGCUUUAAUCGUCCUUAUCCGGAAUCGGUGCGUUUUAAGCUCAUGGGCACAACGGAGCAGCGCUCCGCUGAAAUAGCAGUAGAGGAUUGCAAGUUGCCCAUUACUGUGAAUGAAUUUUUGAAGCGAUACCACAAGAUGUGCGGCGAACGGAUGCACGAUGUCCCACUGCUCCAAGGUGCUGAGCGCCUUUUGCGUCAUCUACACGCCCAUAAAGUACCUUUUGCCUUGGCUACAAGCUCGGGCGCCGAAAUGGUCGAGCUUAAAACUACAAAUCAUCGUGAGCUUUUCAAUUUAUUCCAUCAUCGUGUCUGUGGUUCCACAGACAAGGAGGUGAAACAUGGCAAACCUGCGCCAGAUAUUUUCCUAAUAGCGGCAGCGCGUUUUAGCGAUAAGCCCACUGCAGAGAACUGUCUAGUGUUUGAAGAUUCACCUAACGGAGUGACAGCUGCCAAUGCUGCAGGCAUGCAGGUGGUCAUGGUGCCAGAUCCUCGUCUAUCUACGGAGAAUACUUCACAUGCCACCCAAGUAUUGGGUUCUCUACAGGAUUUCAAGCCGGAACAGUUUGGUCUGCCACCGUUUUCUAAUUAAAUUUUGAUAAAGUACUUAAAAGAGGCUUAAAGCGCCAAAGCGCAAUAAAUAAAUAGACAUACCA